UACCUAAUCUAAUUUCUUUUCUUUUUCCAGCCGUUAUUUUUUAAGCACCUCCACACACACUCUCUCCAUUAUUCAUUCUCCCUAUCUAUAUUCUUCUUCCUUCCCAGAAAUCUCUCCCAAUGUUUAUUUUCAGACAACAAUGACUCUAUUCUCAUAAACCAAUCAAUACCUCUCUCCAUUUCUUCUCCUUUUCUCUCUCUAUUUAAUCUCCUGGCAUUGGUAGUAGUGUGUGUAAUAUGGAAGGCCCUGAAGAUUGUUCAGUGAAAGUUGCUGUUCAUAUUAGACCAUUAAUAGGUGAUGAAUGUUCUCAAGGUUGUCAAGAUUGUGUUGCUGUUGUUCCUGGAAAACCUCAGGUACAAGUCAGUUCACAUUCUUUCACAUUCGAUCAUGUGUAUGGCAAUAAAGGUUCACCAUCGACAGUUAUGUUUGAAGAAUGUGUUGCUCCACUUGUAGAUGGUUUGUUUCAAGGAUAUAAUGCAACAGUUCUUGCAUAUGGCCAGACAGGGUCUGGGAAGACAUACACAAUGGGUACUGGCUUCAAAGAUGGUUCUGAUACUGGAUUGAUUCCUCAAGUUAUGAACGCACUCUUUGGCAAGAUCGAAACGUCGAAGCAUGAAAUUGAGUUUCAGUUACAUGUUUCCUUCAUUGAGAUUUUGAAAGAAGAAGUGAGAGAUUUGCUGGACAACAGUCCUGUAAAACAACUGAUACAAAUUCGGGAGACAUCUACUGGAGUUAUAACUUUAGCGGGAUCAACUGAAGUUGGAGUUCAUACACUAAAAGAAAUGGCUGCGUGCCUGGAACAAGGAUCAUUAAACCGGGCAACAGGGAGCACAAACAUGAACAACCAAUCCAGUCGAUCACAUGCCAUCUUCACAAUCACAUUGGAACAGAUGCGUAGGCCGGAUAGCAGCGCGAAAGAAUACAUGAAUGGAGAAUUUUUAUGUGCGAAGCUCCAUCUGGUAGAUCUUGCUGGAUCAGAACGAGCUAAAAGGACAGGUUCAGAUGGUGUUCGUUUCAAGGAAGGAGUUCACAUUAACAGGGGACUUCUUGCACUUGGUAACGUGAUCAGUGCCCUUGGGGACGAAAAGAAGCGGAAAGAUGGUGCACAUGUUCCUUAUCGGGACAGCAAGCUAACUCGGCUUUUGCAGGAUUCACUUGGUGGAAACAGCAGAACCGUUAUGAUAGCUUGCAUCAGUCCAGCUGACAUUAAUGUGGAGGAAACUCUUAACACCCUGAAAUACGCCAAUCGUGCUCGCAAUAUCAAGAAUAAACCCAUUGUAAACAGAGAUUCAAUAUCUAAUGAAAUGCAUAAGAUGCGUCAACAGCUAGAGUACCUGCAAGCAGAACUGCUCUAUGCUCGAAAAGGAGGUCCUUCAUUAAAUGAAAUGCAGGAUCUCAAGGAACGAAUCACUUGUCUUGAGGCUACUAAUGAGGAUCUCUCCAGGGAACUCCAUGAACACCGAAAAACAUGUAGUGCUGUGGAGAAAAGUGAAAACAAAUCCGAGGGAGGCGUUAACUAUCCUACGAAAAGUGAAGGGCUAAAAAGGGGCUUGCAAAAGAUGGAUUCCUUUGAUUAUCAAAUGGGUGAUACCCUGACAUGUACGAAUUCAAAAGAAGCUGAUGAGGAGGUUGCAAAAGAAUUAGAGCAUUCACUUCUUCACAAAGCUAUGGAGAAAGAGUUAAAUGAGCUAAACAAACUUUUGGAGCAGAAAGAGUCAGAGACAGUGGCGGAGCCAGCUAGAAGCAUGGGUGUGCAGGAAGAAAUACAAUCUAUUAAAGCUCAGAAGGUCCAACUGCAACACAAGAUAAAACAAGAGGCAGAACAAUUUCAACAGUGGAAAGCUGCUCGAGAGAAGGAACUCGUACAGUUGCGGAAGGAGGGAAGGAGAAACGAGAAUGAGCGACAUAAACUGCAAGCUCUGAAUCAGCGCCAGAAGAUGGUACUCCAGAGAAAGAUGGAAGAAGCCGCAAUUGCUACCAAGAGGCUAAAAGGGCUGCUAGAAGCUCGCACACCUUCAAUGCGUGACACCACUGUCUCUGCCAAUGGAAAUGCACCAUUCAGUCAGCAGUGGCUUAAUCAUGAAUUAGAAGUAACGGUGAAUGUGCAUGAAGUUCGUGUUGAAUACGAGAGACAAAGCCAAGUCCGAGCUACAUUUGCUGAAGAGUUAGCCAUAUUAAAAGAAGUGGAUGACUUGGCCUCAAGGGGGCUUAGUCCCCCUCAUGGAAAGAGAUAUUCUAGAUUAGCCUCUAUCUCACCAAAUGCAAGAACGGCAAGAAUUGAAUCUCUUGAAAAUAUGCUGAGCUUAUCUUCAAAUACCCUUGUUGCGAUGGCAGCACAACUUUCAGCGGCUGAAGAGCGUGAUCGUGUCUUAAACAGCCGUGGACGUUGGAAUCAGAUACGUACAAUGGCAGAUGCAAAGAAUUUAUUACAACACAUGUUUAAUGCCGCUGCAGAUGCAAGGUGCCUGUUGUGGGAGAAGGAAGAUGAUAUCAAAGAGAUGAAAGAGCAAUUGAAUGAGCUCGUUGGUCUACUGGGACAGAGUGAAGCACGACGAAAAGCAACCGAGAAGCAGCAGAAACUGAGAGAACAAACUGUUGCCAUUGCCUGCGCAUCAUCUCCUAGCUUAAAUGGUAAUGUAAAGAACUUUGCCGACGGCAUGAGUUGUCAGUUUGCUCCUUCGUCACUGCCUGCACAGAGGCAGCUCAACUCUACAGAAGGCACUGCCGAUGGCACACUGACACAAUCAGGAGCCUUAUUGGAUCAUCAACGGAAGAUGAUGCAAGCAGGACCUUCAUCAACAGGGAAGAAGCCAUCCCUAGCAGGACAAUCUGGAAGAUGGAAGAGAAGUCACCAUCAAUGGCUAGUACAGUUCAAAUGGAAGUGGCAGAAGCCAUGGAGACUCUCAGAGUGGAUCAGGCACAGUGAUGAGACUAUCGUUUUCGGUCAGCAUAGGCCCUGGCAAAAUAUAUCUAGUACAGGCCAAAUGGAAGUGAUAGAAGCCAUAGAUACUCCCAGAAUGGUUCAGGAACAGUGAUGAGAGGAUCCUUGUUGGUCGGCAGAGGCCUGACAAAAAUUAUUUGAUAUUGUCUAGAAAUUUUUGCCUGCUGCUUUUUCAACUCUAACACCCACAGUUGUCCCAAUGCACCCGAAAGCGGGAUAUUAGUGUAUGCAAGCUGUCUAUAUGUUGGAACCUUGGCAUAAUUAUUUUAACCUCAACUUUGAUAGCCCCAUUUAGAUCGCAUUAUUAACCCUACUUAGUUAAAUUUACGUCAGACUUUUUUAAGGUAGGAAGUGAUCUUCCAUGCGUGCAUGAAUGAUAGCGUUUACAAUGUGUGCAGUCCUGUUAAAAAGUGGGAUGCCAUAUGUUUUUCCGUGGUGCUAGUUGUGAUAGUGGAAGUAGUGUUGGUUAGAGCUUGUAAUCUUGGUUUUGGGGGAUUCAAGCAUGUUGUAUAGUAGUACCAUUGUUGGCUGUUAGUUCAUCAAGAAUUGGUCUGUGCGCAUCAGUCAACGGUGAGUAUUGGUGGAAACAUUUUCCAUUUGUUAUUCCUCCUUCAAUAUUACUUCGUCCAGCGGUGACAUGGACUGUUAUUAUAAAGGGUCCUCUGUAAUUUUGUAAUAUUGUCUCCUGUUUUUGUUACUUUGUUUCCUUUGUGUGUGUCAUUACUUAAAGUUUUGUAAAAAUACAGUUUUUAUUAUGUCGAAACGAUCUGAACGUUGAUCAAUUUCAUAACUUUACAGAACCCAAGUUGGGGUAU